ACUCUCUUUAUAACAAACUUCAGAAACUUUCUCAUUAUAUAGAUUCAUCUGCAUAUUGGUCAAAUAAAAAACCACCUUGUCUAAUCAAUAGUUUUAAGAAAUUUAUCAACAUAAAAGCUCCUAUUCAUCGAUCCAUUAAUUAUCCUCUUUUCAGUACUAGCUUUGAAGCAUUAAUGUUGCUUCCAGAAAUUAAUUUUAACUCAGAUUUAAAUAAGCACGAUAUUAGUACAAAUUUUUCGUUUAAUCUUCUUAAAAAUACUGUUUGGGUUGAUUACCAUCAUAUUUACACAGACGCGUCUAAACAUUCCUCCUCGGAUCCCGUUGGUGUAGGUGUCUAUCACGCUCAAUUUAAAAUAUCACAGAAAAUUAAACUACCUCCGGAAACAUCGGUGUUUACUGGGGAAUGUUAUGGUAUUUUUAAGGCUAUUGAAUAUAUUAUUCUAUUUAAACUUCCAAAAACAAUAAUUUUCUCUGAUUCAAAAAGUGCCUUACAGACUGUAAGGCACUCAAUAGGUUCCCAUUUAAAUCAAAAAACAUUUCUUCUGUUGUCAUAGAAUUAAGAAAUCUAUUAAAUAAAUGCAAUCACUUUGGUCUUUCUGUGUUGUUUGUAUGGAUCCCCAGCCAUAGCGACAUUCCUGGUAAUAUAAAAGCAGACCAACUAGCUAAUGAAGCCGUGGUCGAUGGCGACAUUUUCCCUUAUAAAGUUUUUUGCCAGGAUCUAGGUGCUCUUCCUAUAGUUCACCUUCAGGAUUGUUGGAAAAGACUUUGGACUGAAACUGGUCAAUCAAAAGGCAGGAAAUAUUUUAACCUUCAGCCACUUAUUUCAUUUAAACCAUGGUUUUUCCGUGCCAAAUGCAAUAAGUUAGUAUGUUCUUCUAUCAUAAGAAUGCGUUUGGGUCAUGUUUGCAUUCCUGUUCAUCUUAACAGAUUAGGCAUUGUAUCUACUGACAUGUGUGAAUGUGAAUCCGAUAAAUGUGAUCUAGAUCACAUUUUCUUUUCAUGUUCUCUAUACGACCGCUCCUCAUUCCUGAAUGAUCUAAUAUCUCUUAAUGUUCCUUUUCCUACCUGUAUAUCCUGUCUAAUUAUGUAUCCAUGUAAAUUUUAUAAAAUAUUGUCAUCUUUCAUUCUUCAGAAUCAUAUCAAAGUUUAAAUAUUUGUAAUGUUGUGUAAGUAGCAAGUAUAUAUGUAUAUUUAUGAAAUUUUUAAUAUCCGUUUCGAUCCUCUUUCUACUUAUCUGAUCCUUUCCCGUGUUCCGUAUCCUUUUUUAACUUAGUUUCCCAAUCUUUUAAUUUACGUUAUUGGCAAAAAGUAAACGCUAUUGCCAAAAGAAGAAAAAAAAAAUAACUAUUUUAUUACCUAGGUAUUGAAUUUAAAAUAAUAUAACAGACCUACAAAUCACACAAUUAUAGCUGUAACAAAAUACUGCUGUUACUUAGACCUACUAAAUACUCCUAAUCAUUUGUAUAUUCUAUUCUAUUCUUCCUACUGUGGCUUUGAUUGAUUUUGAUUUGAUAAUCUUGUCACAGUGACAACCGGUGAUAUUUUAAUACCUGUGGGGCGUGGGCUGUGACGACAAAUACGUCUCACCCAUAAUUGUGAUUGUUUAUUUGUAAAAAAUAUUAUUGGCUACAUAAAAUUUAAGUUUUGUAACUUGUGGGAUUUAAUGGCGUGCUUAUUUAUCUGAUAAUUUUUGUUUGGAGUAGGAUUUUUGAACAACAAUUCCUUGGACAUAGUUGUAGAUACUUUUAUUUGCGUAGAUAUCCGAUUACUAGAUUUGCCUUAGGUAACAAGGCAGUGCUAUCAAAAUGGAUAUAAUGAUAACACUUUUCUACGCUUUAUUCUCUUUUUGUGUCGUGUAUCCACCUUCAGAGUUUGUGGCAGCUGGCUUUACAAUAACUCAAAUUUUUGAUAACUUCCUUGGUUCAGAGAGCACAAAUUUUAUAAAGUACCACAUGAAAAGGAUAACUAUCACAUCUCUUAUCCAUGCAUCGUUACCGCUCGGAUACGUUUGCACGCUGUGGUGCUGCGGUGAGCGCGGGGAAUGGAUGCCAGCCUCAGCACUUGGGGCUGCAAUAAUUCCUAUGAUUAUGCUGUUUCAAAUAAUAUUAUGGUGGGAGCAUGAUAAAAGCAAGCAUCCGGUUGUACGAGCUUUAAAACCGUAUGUGAACCAAGCCACUGGGAGCGAUUGGAGAAUUUUAGCUGCUGAUUUCAAUAUUGAGUUUCACAGAGUGGAUAAGGUUUUGCUACCUCUGAACAGUGUUAGCAAAGUGAUAGCCACCCAAAACUGGUUGAUAAAAGUAACGCCAUAUAAUGUAAAUAUAGUAAAACAACUAGACUGUUCUCUGGUUGCCACGGCUGCUGAUACACACAAUCUAUCACCAAGUGGAGAAGAUGAAGUGCAAUAUGUGAAUGUAGAGGUUAUACCUUCCCGUGAUGAUGUCAAGAGGUUCAGUUUCCGGAUGUCAAAUACUGCACUAAGAGAACUGCAGCCAAGGUUGAUGAGGCCAAUGAGAGUUCCAGAAAGUAUCUCCCUGAUCCCACCACUUAUAGAGAGAUUUGUGGAGGUUUUUAAGACCAACAUAGCAAAGAAUCCUAUGUAUUACUAUGACAAUGAUGAAGUAGAGCAAUGUAUUGGUUGCAUGCAGAACCAAGCAGAUGUGAAGAUAGUCAACAGAUGUGAGCCGGCGCAGCCCGGGCCCGCUGACGGCCAGCGACCGCAGCCCCCUUGCUCGCCGUGUAACUGCAGAGUGCUGUGGUGCGCCUCGUGCAUGGCUCGCUGGUGGGCCACGCGAGGGCCCGACGCGCCGGCCCAGUGGCUCAGCAGCCGGGGCUCGUGUCCCGUCUGCCGCGCCACCUUCUGUCUGCUGGACGUCAGCUUCGCCUGCAGCCGGAGCAUCGCCCCGCCUGCUGUUCAACACUGAACUGUACAGCUGUGACUCCUUUCUUUAGGUUUAACGGGAUGAGAGGACACUUAUUCCCGUGGACAUGGCGACCCCUUUCGGAUGAUAAUUCUAAGUUUUGUCCAUCCAUACCCCUUUGGCAUAUAUGCUUGAAUAACCUAGAGCUUCCGGGUUGGAAUCCCGGAAGGUGCAAACAUUUAUAUGAUGAAUAUGGAUGUUUGUUUCCUUACAAUAUUACAUAUUUAUUAAGUAGAAUAGAUGUAGAUGACAAUUGUAAUAACCAAAGAUAGAUCUCUUAUUAUUAUUCCAUUAGUUUUCCAGCAAGUCCCUUAUUGCUGACGUCUCUAGAGGUAGGCAGACAAUCUGUAUUAGAUAUUAUUGGACUUGUGUUAGGAAAGUACUUCGAUGUUCCUUAUAUUUACAAAUUAAAUAUGUACAUGCGAUGUUGCUUUUGAUGUUUUAUGUAACAUAACCUAUAAGUACUUAUUUUAUACAUCCCCUAUUUUCUUAAAAAACUUUUUUGUAUAAAAUUUAACAUAUAAUCCAACAUAUUCGAUAAAAUGCAGUAUUCUCGUAAUCCCCCAUAUAUUUUAGAUUAUGCAGUAAUUACCAGAUAGCCUUUAUUUAAUAAUGAUAUAACAUUUAGACCCAAACUUUACUUAGAGGGGUAUCCUAGCUGCGAUUUUUUGGUGAAUAAAAUCAAGUUCUUCUAUAGGCAUGCCUCUCCCAUUUAGUUCUCGCAAUAACGAAUUACCAGAGGAGUACCUAACCUUUAAAGUGAGGGAGUCAGGGUAAGACCUACGUGACGGCAGAAGUCUCUUCCAAAUAUACCUAUUUCUCAAUUUGUCCUUUAUGAAGUGUUUUGAGUGUAAGAAGAAUGGAAAGGCUUCGCCUAUUUUCAUAUAAUAUACCUAUUCUUUAAGGCCUAUCGCAGACGACAGACUAUCCGUGACGCAUUUUUGUGUGUUAUAAAAAAACGGUGUAAUAAACUGUGAUAAUAAAACCGAUAGAAUUAUAUGCAGUAACGCAUACGACGAAAAAAGUGACACACAAAGUAUCCUCGUAGAUCUGACAGACCGCGCCGCACCUCGCCGUACAAAAAGUGUGCCAAAAAAACAUAAUGUUCGCGUCAUCAGUCAUCACGCGCUAACGCAGACGACGCUCACUUUAGUCUGUAGUCUGCACUUGCAAGUAUUAUGAAUGACGUGUAUCAUGGCGCUAGAUAUCCAUAUAUCGAUGUUGAUUCAAGAAAUAGAAAACAGACCAGAACUGUAUGAUACAUGUUUGGCAGAGUAUUAAGACAGUUUAUAAAGAAAAUUGUGGGAUGAAGUGUGCAAAUUUAUCUGGAUAUAGUUUUAGAACUGGAUGUUUAAUAUGACAGUCCCUUUAAUAAUCUUUUUGAAAGAAUAGGGUGAACCCAAAAUUCUCUAUUGCUUCUUUUUUUUAUAUUUCAAAUACGAAAUAACACACCGCAAACUCUGUGCUUCCAUUGCGUGAAUUGAGUCUGUGUAAUCUGCCAAAACAUUUUGCGCGCAACGCCGACCUUUUGUGUGCCGCAGACUCAAAAAAAAAAAGUGGGUUCUGCAAUAGGCCUAAUAAAACGUAUAAAAUAAUUAUACUUAUUGAUGGAUACCGGUGUCGUUGCGCAUGAAUAUUUAAUAUGUUUAUUAAUUAAUUAUAAUGAAAAAAUUUUAUUUUCAUUAUAUGGUCUGUUGACGGAUCUGGUUUUUUUUACAUAUAUAACGACAAGUUUGACUUUUUUAGUACCUACGUAUAUCACAAAAUUACAUAAAACUGGAUUUUUUUUAUCGGUACAAAAAAACUCCAUACAAUUCUUUACAGUUCUUGUGCUACAUGAUGCAAUAUUUGAAUUUGAAUUUUAAUGUUGGUUGGUUUUGUCACAAAUUGAAUUUAUUCACAUUUUUAAUUUUACCAGGUAGGUACCUAAUUGUUAUGAAUGGGACGGCUUAGCCACAUGCUAUCUAUUCUAAAUGUUUUUAAUGACAUAUUUUUAUAUCAGGGGUUAAAGUAUGAAUUAUAUUCCGAUUUGUACUAAAAAUUGAAAUUAGAUUUUUUUUAUUUAACAUAUUUAUUUAAUUAAAAUAAUUACCAUUAUUAUUGCUGCCAUCUAAUAGGAAGGUCAUUUAUGCCUUUGCUAUAGAACUGUGGUGGUCUAGAUUUUAAAAGAAGAACUACAUAGGUACCAUGUGGAAAAAGUUUCACUCAAAAAUCUCAAAACAUGAAGGUUCUCUGUUAAUUCGAAGUACCUAUUACAGUAAAUCAGCAAUUUCAUACUAUAACCCCUAUUAUAAUAUUAUAGUGGUGCACGAUAUUGUACUUCAUUUAUUCUUAUACUCUAUGAUACAGGUUGUCCCUAAGUUAUGGGACAUGAAGGGAAAGUACCUUAAAUAUCGAAGAUAGGCUAUUUUACUGAAAGAAGACUUUGUGUUAUUUUUAAAAGUUAGUAAUUCUGCAUUCAAAGGUUUUCUAAAAAUUACUUGCCUCGUCUGGGAAUAGAACCGACUUAAAUGUAAAAAAACACCCCUUCUCUUAUGAUGCCAAUCGAAAGUAUGGCCAAAAACUAAUAACUCUUCUUAAGUAAUAUAUUAUUUAAUCUUUGAAUGCAGAAUUACUAACUUUUAAAAAUAACAAAGUCUUCUUUCAGUAAAAUAGCCUAUCUUCGAUAUUUAAGGUACUUUCCCUUCACGUCCCAUAACUUUGGGACACCCUGUAUGUGUAUUAGGUAUACUACCUACAUAUGUCUAAAUUAUUUUAAACCUAACUUCAUGAACAAGACUUAUUACGAUCGACUCUUUUCUCGAUAGUCUCUAGGAUCUUUCUAAAUGUAUAGUUUUGUACUCUAUUUUAACUUUUAUUUUAUUAUUUUGUAAGGAAUUAUGAUAAAUUAAUGUUGCCAUUUAGAGUCUUAAGUUUGAGAUUCAUUUUGAAAAAAUACGUUAUUUUAUACUUAAAUGAGAAGGUAUACUUGUUAUGACGUUUAUAUAGCUUAAAAAAACUGAUUGAUUUGUGGUAUAUUUUUCUAUCUGCAACCUUGCUUAUUAUUUAAAAGAUGGGUAUAACUUUAGAUCAAGGAUUGGUCUCCGCUGCGGUCCAACUAGAUACCGUACUAGCUAAGAACAAUAGCUUUUUAAUGUACAUCUUGACACUCAUUGGCAUCUUUCAAAUUUUGUAAAAUACGGUUCUUGUUAUUUUUCAUUGAAAUUAAUAAAAUACUUACUGUUAAUAUGUGAUCCCAGUGUCUUUCUUAUUUCUUGUAGUAUUUUUUUUUACAAAGUUUUACUACGUAAGCCGGCUUUUUAGUUUCAAUUAUUAGCAAAGUUUACCAGAACAUGUGGCACGUCAACGUCACAUAUUGUUCCAGACUGGCUGGAGUACGCCCAUUUGGUCAUAGUAAAAGUUGGCGCAUUUUGCGAUUACGCCUGCAGUAUCUACUUGGAGUACAAGAGACCAAUUCCUAAUCUUAGGGUAUAACAUAAUAUUAAAGUGUUGAUUAUGAAAAUAAUUCGAGUCCUAUGUGUACCUUCUUGAUACCAUGUAGGUAGCAUUGUUAAUGUUUGAUGUCUAUAUUAUGUAGUUUAAAAUAAACGCCAUGAUAUAUAUUGGAUCUUAAUCAUAAAAUAUAGAUGUUUAAAUGUA